AUGUCCGAAGAAUUAAUGGAGGUCUCUUGCAUUGACGAUGAUCAAUGUGUCUAUUACGAAGCGGAGGACAUCAAUUCCAUUUGUUUAAAUGGCAUUUGCCAUUGCCACAACAACAAAACGAAAAUGAAGACCUUCUGCAAACCGAAGACUCUCCGCAGAAACAAUAUAAUCGGCGGGUACUGUCCAUGUAAAAUACCAAAUGCCAAAUGUAAUCUACUGGAAAAUAUCUGUUAUUGCAUAGAGGAUUAUGUGCCCACGAAGGACCGAAGGCGGUGUAUUCCAAAGGAAGUACCAUUAGGUGAAAUAUGCGCGACGGACGAACAAUGUCUCGCCUCGAGCAUUUUCAGUCACUGUGCCAAUAAUACGAACCGUUGCACCUGUAAUGAUGAGUUUCAGAGAAAAGGUACCACCUGCCUGGCGAAAACUGCUCCGAAAGUGCUUGGACUCAAGUGCACUGGUGAAAAUAACUGCACAGAACAUGGAUCGCACAAGAUUUGUUUACAAGACAUUGAUGAGUGUGUAUGCGAACAAGGCUAUGUACGCGCUAACGACUCAAAAGAUUGUCUACCAGGAAAAAGAAUUGGAGAGAAUUGCCUCGUUACGCAGCAAUGCAAUAUAAAGAUGGGACCCGGAGCUGUGUGUGAAAAUGGCAAGUGCCGCUGUGAGGAGGAAUAUGCGGUGGUAAAGAAGCAAAGUGAUGCCAGUCCUACGGAAUUAAUUUGCGAGCGCUUAGUGCAAAUUGGUCAAUAUUGUAGUCACCACGGACACUGUCACAAUGGACAUCUCAUCGAGAAGGAGCAGUUGUUGCAAUGCGAACACGGUGAAUGUGUCUGUCGUUUUGGCAAUAAAAAUCAAGAGCCUUGCAGUACCUCCAUGACCAAUAAA